AGGCACUUAGAGGCUGCUGCUCGCUCCAGCCCCGCUCGCGACCAUGAGCUCCCUUCACCCAGCCGCUUCACAGUGGACCCGGCGGGGCACUUUCAGCGCAGGGCCCGCUCCUUCCCUCUAGUCGGGUUCCCCUUCCGUUCUUCCCGCCGAGCAUGGUGCUUACGGCAUUAAUUCUUAUUAAUUAUUAUUAUUAAUUUCCACCGGGCAUGUGAAGCCCCAAGCAUCAUGCCAGCAACGUGCACUUUUCUGAUCCAUCAAUUCAGCCUCCUUCUGCUGGUGGGGCUGCCUCUCUUCGUGGGAUCUUUUCCCCUCGCCUCCGUGUCCAUCCCCAGCCCCGCCGCCUUUUCCUCUUCCUCGUCCACCGAUCGCUCCCAGUUCACCGCGACGGAGCCGAGGGGAUCGUCUGUAUCCACCCGGGAGGAACCCUCCUUUGCUGCGGUUUCCUUGCUGCUGCUUCCCAGGGAGAAAGAGAGCCCGCAGCCUUCCGCCGCUGCAUCAGUCAGUGCUUGGGAUCCGGCGACGGACCGACAACACACCAGCAGCAGCGGCAACGCGGCCAUUAUGAGCAGCCAAGAGGUGGUAGAGAGCUCCAGCACAGAAACAAGGACUUCUGGAUCAUCUCAGACAUACAGUACUGAUGUCUUCAAUACACUGGGCAAAGGAAGGACAUUUCGGACCAUAGCUAGCAGCAAUUCCAUGUCCACUGGAGCAACAGGAAGCUCCACAUGGUACACUGGAAUGACUAUAUCAGGAAUUUUAGCCCAGCAUUCAUCUUCAGUGAUGCAGACAGAAAUAGCUGAUGCCUCAUCAAGUGCUGUGGACACUGCUGAAUUUGAAACCGUGACUUCAAGGAUAUAUUCUCCCAAGGCACCAAUUUCUUCACUUUCGGAGAAAUAUUAUCCUGCCACUGGAACUAGCCAGCAUAUUGAUAGCAGCUGGGAUGCAGAAAGCAGAACAUCUGGUUUGCACACUAACAGCAGGGGCAGUUUGGCGACAGUCUACAGAAGUGCAGAAAGGACUUCACAGGUUCUUACAGAUAGCAUCACUCUGACUGAUUCAACAAGAAAAGAUUUGAUUUCUCAGAAAGAAUUUUCCACCUCUGCUGAUCAAACCCAGUUCCCAAAUCCUGAUCAAACCCAGUUUCCAUCUCAUGCAACACAUUCAGGAGGAAGAAAUAGCACAUCAAAUGCCACACAGCUUCCUAAUUCUUCAUCAAGGACUGUGUUUACCCCUUCUCACCUUGCUCCAAAGACUACGACAGAAGAUCAUAGUCAGCCACAGAGCAGCUCAAACACAGAGGGAAGAAUUUCCAGUUCUCGCACAGACAGUUUGUCUCUUUCAGAGCUAUCUGACAGAGCUCAAGGGAGGACAUUACAAACUCUGAGAGAGAUCAGUGUUGUUCAAAUCGUCACAACCUCUGGCAAUGAAAUCUCUAGCUCUGCAGACCUCAGUGAAUCGUCUUCUGUAUUAACUCCAUGGCCAUACAGACAAAUGGCUUUGUCAGCAGGGCACCCUGAAGUGACGGAGGCUUUCACUGAGGCACUGGUCACCUAUUUUCAGGCUCCUUCAGAAACAAGAGCUGUAGAAGGCAGUCAUCAGAUGCGUAGCAGCUCCAAUACAGAAACAGCUCUUUCUAGCUCUCAUCAGGACAAGGUGUCUGUUUCAGAUGUAGCUGACAAAGAUGAAGAUAGAAUACUGCAAACUCUAAGAGACUCCAGCAGUUCUCAUAAUGCAACACAAAUGUCCACCAUGGCUAAUACAAAAACUCUCAGCUCUACGGACAUCUCUGAUUCUUCUUACACUUGGACUGUGGUACAGAACACAAAAAUGGAUGUGCUGCUAGAAGCAGUGACACAUUCUGAAGCUGUUUCAAGAAUAACAGAAAGAGAAAAUAGUGAUCAGCUGCAAAGUGGCUCCAAUACAAGAAGUAUUUCACCUGCUCACACAGAGAGUGUGUCUAUGUCAGAUCCGUCCGACAGAGAUGGAGAGGCAACCCGACGACCGCUAAGGGACAUCAGCAGUUCAUCUACAGAAGCUCAAAUAUUCACAGCCUCUAGCAAUGAAAUCCCCAGCUCUUCAGGCCUCACUGAUCCUUCUGAUGUGUGGACUCCAGGACAAAACAGACAAAUUGAUCGGUCAGCAGGUGUCCCUGAUUUCACUGAGAUGGCAGGUACACUUUCGGAGGCUUCUUCAGAAGCAACAGUUAUUGAUGAUGGUGGUCAACCGUGGAGCAGCUCAAAUACAGAGAACAGUAUUUCCAGUUCCCAUACAGAUAGUGCAUCUGUUUCAGGCCUACAUGACAGAGGCCAGGAGAGGACAUUGCGAACUCUAAGAGAUGUUAGCGGUUCAUAUAAUGUGACUCAAAUAUUCACAACCUCUGGCAAUGAAAUAUCCAGUUCUGAAGGCCUCACUGAUUCUUCUUAUGUUCAGACUCCAGGACAGGUUAGACAAAGGGAUUCGUUGUCAAGGGAACUUGAUUUUGCUGCAACACCAGUUAUACUUUCCCAGGCUCCUCUAGAAAUAACAGAGCACAGCACCCAGAAGAGAAGCAGCUUAAAUACAGAGAGCACACUUUCCAGUUCUCACAUAGGCAGUGCAUCUGUUUCAGGUCUAUCAGACAGAGAUGAAGAGAUUACACUACAGACUCUAAGAGGCAUCAGCAGUUUUCAUAAUACAACACAAAUGUCCACCAUUACUAAUACUAAAGUCCACAGUGCUACAGAGGUUGCUGAUUCUUCUUCUAUGUGGACUGCAGUACACACCAGACAAAUGAAUUUGCCACCAAAAAGCACUGACUUCACAGACACAGAAGUUACAUAUUCUCAGGAUCCUUCACAAAUAACAGAAAACAGUGAUCAAACCAGAAGCAGCUCAAAUACAGAGAAAAUGCUUUCUAGGUCUCACAGAGGCAGUGCUUCUGUUUCAAGUCUGCCUGACAGAGAUGAAGAGAUUAUGCCAGAAACUGUAAGCAGCAUCAGCAUUUCUCUGAAUGCAGCACAAAUGUCCACCAUGACUAAUUCUGAAACCCACCAAACUACAGACUUUGCUGAUUCUUCUUCUAUGUGGACUGCAGUACAGACGAGACAAAUAAAUUUGGCACCAGAAGACACUGAUUUCACAGAGACAGCAGUUGCAUAUUCUCAGGCUCCUUCACAAAUAGCAGCUGUAGAAGACAGCGGUCAGAUCAGAAGCAGCUCCAAUACAGAAAAAACGCUUUCCACUUCUUACACAGAUAGUAAAACUGUUUCAGGUCUAUCUGACAGAGAUGAGGAGAGUACUCUACGAACUCUAAGAGAUGUCAACAUUUCUCACUAUGCAACAGAAAUAUCCACCAUGACUAAUUCUAAAACCCACAGCUCUACAGACUAUGCUGGUUCUUCUUAUGCAUGGACUGCAGGACUCACCAAACAAAUGAACUUGACACCAAAAGACCAUGAUUUCACUGAGACAACAAUUAUACAAGCUCCUUCAGAAACAACAGAUGUAAGGAGCAGCCAAGAUACCUUUAGCAACCGCAAUAUAGAAAAAAGGGCUUCACAGACUGAGAGUGCAUUUUCUACUGUGAGACUCACCAGGGAUGGAGAGGGCACACCUGCACCUGUUACUAAUAUGAGCAAAUCCACAGAUGCUACAGAGCCCGUGCUUGAUUUGGAAAAUACCAGUUCUUCAGUUUUUGGAUCAUCUGCUACAGCACAAAGUAGAAAGGAAAGUUUCCCGUUUACAGAAAUGGAUUUUACAGAAUCGAUAAAAGAGCCUUUACGUACAUAUUCAUCCAAAGCUUCCAUUUAUUCAUCUUCUACAAUAGACAUUUCAAGCACUGGGAGCAGUUUUGAGACAAUGAAAGGAACCAUUGCAGAAAGAAGGGUUUCCAGUGCUUCUACAGAUGGGGCAUUCCUGUCAAGUACAUUAGCACACGCUGGAGAAAGGACUCCAAGGUCUCUGUCUGAUAACAGCACUUCACCUGAGGCAACGGAUAGUAGCACUUAUAAUACUGAAGCUUCCAGGUCAUCCAAUUCAACCUUCACUUCUGUGGCAGGGGAAGAAACAGAAAAACAGAAGGACUCACGAAGGGAAUCAUUAUUCACUGAGCCUUCUCCUGAGCACUCCCUCGAACAUUCUUCUGCAGUUCCAACAUACUCAUCACCAAAAGAUUCAACUAUUAGAGGCAGCCUUCAUUCAGUUAGUAGCUCAAGGACUUCACAGUCAUAUACUGUAAGCCCCUACAGUUCAGCACUUUUCAGCAAAGAAGAAAAGCAAACUGUACAAUCCAUAAUCAACACUACAUUUGAUGAAGUAACUGAGAGCACCUCACUGUAUAUGGAAAAGUCCAACAGUUCAGAACUGAACCUUUCAUCACCAGAGGUAUACUCAAGAAGGACUGAGUUGUCAGCCAAAGAACUGGGUACCUCUGGACCUUCAACUGAGACUUUUCAAAGUCUCAAUUCCUCAAGGAUACCAACUUAUUCUUCCUUCCAACGUGAAUCUUCAGACACUGGAAUGGACUACCAGCCAAUGAGUAGCACUGAUACUGGAAAAAGAACCUCUGAUUCUCAUACUGACAGCACAUACAUCUCAACUACCAUCACAAGGGGUGGAGAAAGGACGUUGUUAUCUAUUACAAACCACAGCACAUCAUCUGACUCAUCUGAAAGUUCCACUUCAUAUGCCAAAAUGUCCAGCCAUUCUGAGUCACUCCAAUCCUCCUCUUACGUGACUGAGAGUAGAGGAAGUAACAUGUCCUCAAGCAACAUGGAUUUCUCUGCCCCAUCAACUGAACCUUUGGCUGUACAUUCCCUGAAAACACCUGGAUACUCUUCUACAGUAAGGGAGCCAUGGACAACUCAGUUCUAUUCAGAACCUGCAUCCAACACCUUAUCAUUUUCAUCUUCCCCUCCAAUGUCACCAAAACAGGAUGUACUUCCAACAACUCAGCCUCCAAUGUUGUUUUUAUCUUCAGAACCCUCUCACCCAUCCUCUUCCUCUGCUUUCCCAUCAAUGGUGUCAUCACCCCCUCAGACAGCUUUAACAACAUUUUCAUCCAGGCUGUCAUCAGCAACGCUGUCCACAUUGCCACCAUUGCUGUCUUUACCGCCUUUGCUUUCCCCAACAUUGCCUUUGUUACAGCCUAGUGAAAGUCCUGGAACCAACGUACCCCUGGCUGCAUCUGGAGGAACUACUGGCAUGGACCCAUCCACAGCUGAAAGUCCUCACAGCAAGUACAACCAGUCCAGGAGUUACACAGGCAAGGAUAGCACUGCUGUGAAGUCAACAGGAGUUUCUCCUCUCCUGACUGAAACUACUGAGCAGCUUACAAGCUUUUCCUCAACUGUGACAACCUCCCUGCCGAAAACAGAGGUCUCAGAAAAGCAAAACACUUCAUUUCCAAGGACCACCAUUGAAAAAAAUGUUCCCGUUUUGGAUACAUUUCCCACAUACUUGCCAAAAAGUACCACAGUUUCUGAGACAUUAAAAGCAAUAAUUCCUACAUUGCCAAGCACAACCACUGAAAAGAAUUUGGUGGCAGUAACAACAGGAAAACGCAUCCCAAAGAUAACUCACACGACAUUAGGACUGUCUACUUUGGCACCUAACUCAGAUUUUUUUGUUACUACAAAGCCCAGCCGAGUUCGGCUAUCCUCCCCUACCAAGAUAGCUCACACCACUGGAGUGCCUACAAAAGGAAUAGAAAAAAGCAGUGCAACUACUGUUAAAGACACAGAGCAUAUUAUCACUACUACCCAUCCUCCCCAAAAGUUUUUUUCUAGCAAGACCACUGCAGGACCUUUUUCUGCUUCAUCAGUUCCCAUCAAACCAACUACAAUUGCACAGUUAAGAAGCCCAAAGACAUUUCCGACUUCCCAGGCAAAAGCCAGUGGGUGUACCACUGAUACCUGUCAUAAUAAUGGGAAAUGCAUUACAGAUGGCAAGACAGAUAAAUUCCAGUGCCAGUGCUCAUUGGGUUGGCAAGGAGAAGACUGCAGUACAGAUGUAGAUGAGUGCAUGUCUAACCCAUGCCCGGCCUUGGCUACAUGCACUAACACAGAAGGAUCGUUCCAAUGUUUGUGUGCUCUGGGCUAUCAGAUGGAAAAAGGACAGUGCAAUUUAGUAAGAACAUUUGUUGGCCAGUUUCCAUUAACAUUUAACACCACUGGGAGGUAUUCAGAGCUUCAUCAGGUUGAAGAGGAUAUCAUAAAUAUGCUGAACGAUUCGCUAGCAGCUCUGCCUGGCUAUUACACCUCAACUGUGAAGGCAUCAAGGCAGUCUGGUACCAUCGAAGUAUCAGUCCUGAGCACCUUUUCCUUAGUCUCCAAUGUCAACCUUUCUGAAAUCGUCAGCACUUUGCGAAGCCAUAUUCAAGCCUGCAAAGCUCCCACAGAGACUUGCCAGUUCUUCUCUAAUCUGACACUGUUCCACAGAGGCGGCCUGUGUAAACGCAAAGAUCCAGAAUGUGACAAAGAAACUUCUGUGUGUGUGGACUUGGAUGGCAUUGCAGUUUGCCAGUGCAAGCCUGGAUACUUUAAAUACAACAAACUGGAUCACUCAUGCAGAGCUUGUGAAGAUGGAUACAGGCUUGAGAAUGACACUUGUGUGAGUUGUCCAUUUGGAUUGGGAGGAUUCAAUUGUGGGAAUCCAUAUCAGCUUAUCACCAUUGUGAUUGCGGCAGCUGGAGGGGGACUUCUGCUCAUUAUGGGAAUAGCUCUCAUUGUCACAUGCUGCCAGAAGAAUAAAAAUGACAUAAGCAAACUCAUAUUCAAAAGUGGAGAUUUCCAGAUGUCACCAUAUGCUGAAUAUCCUAAAAACCCUCGAGGUCAGGACUGGGGCAGAGAAACCAUUGAAAUGCAAGAGAAUGGGAGCACUAAAAACCUAUUACAGAUGACGGAUGUUUACUAUAUGCCAGCCAAUCUAAGGAACCCUGAACUGGAAAGAAAUGGACUCUAUCCACCCUAUACAGGCCUUCCUGGGUCCCGGCAUUCUUGCAUCUAUCCCGGGCAGUACAAUCCUUCCUUCAUUAGUGAUGACAGCAGAAGAAGAGACUACUUCUAAAAGAACUGCAGUAAGGAGACUGGAAGGCAAGCAGAAGAUGGGCCUUUACAUGCUACUUGUUUCCUGGGUACACUGUCAUUGGACAGCUCAGGUGUUGUUGCAAUUGCAUACAGAAAGGGAACUCGGACAGCACUGAAAAGAGCCAUUCCUGGACCAAACCAACUUACAUGCCUGUCUGAGAGGCAAGCGGGAAGCUUCAUGGAGUUCCUGUGUGUGCAUUCUGCAUAUCCUCACCACUAUUUGCAUCACAGAAAGUGAAUUUAAUAAUACACCACUAAAGCAAAACUAACCAACACUGUAGAUGACACUCUAAAAAAACUAAUGCCACUGGGGUGUGUUGUGUUUACAGAUAACUAGUGUGUUUGUAUCCCCAUCUUUUAUGCAAAGCUGUCUUGAAUGCAUUUUAUGGAAGGAGCCCUUUCUCUCCCACCAGGUACCUAGUAAUUGGCACUAGUGACAAGCUCACCAAAUGGCGGGAAUGUAUGUGGGUAAGUGGCUUGAGGUCAGGGGAUCCCUAUGCCAUAUCCAGAUUCCAGGGUCUUUUUUUUCCUCCAGGAGAAUGUGCUCUCUUGUUUCCUCAUGCCUUGUCCUGACACUGGGUUAUGUUCUUCUGAGUCAGUAGCAAUGUGGUUUCUUGUAAUCCUCUGUUUGCCAAUCCUUCAGUCUUGACUAUUCUUUUCCAUGUCUGUUACAAAUAGUCACCCAUACCUUCUCCAAGCAUGGAAUUUUGCUCCCCACUAAUCUCACAGUGAAAAGGUUUGCCACUCUCAUACUAUAGAGCCUCCUUUUGUGAGGUUGGUUAAAUGCUGUCUCGUAAAACAGAGGUGACAGCAAUGCUUAGGACGGCUAGCUAUGGAAAAGACCACUGGGAAGCAAUCUCACAUCGGUUACUAAACCACAAUUCUUUGCCUCUUUCAUUUCCUGAUGGAAAAACAGUUUCUGAUCCAACUUUGAUACCAGAAUGGCUAUGCUGCCUGGAAAUGAUGGGAACUGCAGGCCUACACAUUUGCAAGGUGCCAGCAUGUGGAAGGCUGUUCUAAGGAAUGUGUGAUGUUCUAGGAAGAGGACCUUUGUACAGGGUGCAGGUGUGGCUGAGUGAUGAUUGCAACAAAUCCAUAAAUGGUUCGGUGACGGGGUGAAUGGCGAGGGACAGGUCUGCAGAUUAUAGUUCAGGAACAGUGAAAUCUUGAGCAGGUUGUGCAGAAUAUGCCUGAAUGUUUCUAGUCUGGGGAAUGGCAGGAAUUCCAGAUCGGUGUCUCCAGUUUAACUUGUCCAGUGCUCUGUCUCCCAGAGUUUCUAACACAAAAUGAACAAGAAGGGGGCUAAGCCCUACAAGGUAAAACAGAAAGAAGAAAAGAGCCCAGGGAUGCAAGAGAAAGCAGGGAAUGACAGUGGCAGUCUGCCCCUGUCUGUCUGUUGUUGUUGUUGUUAGUCGUGAAGUCGUGUCCGACCCAUCGCGACCCCAUGGACAAUAUUCCUCCAGGCCUUCCUGUCCUCCACCUUCCCCUGGAGUCCACUUAAGCUCACGCCAACUGCUUCAGUGACUCCACUGAUAUUCCAAAGUAUAGCCAGUUUCCUGCAUGGCUAAGUCGAAUUCUCUUAUAAGGGGAUUAGCCAGGUUAGUCAACUGAAUUCAGUUACGGAUAUACCCUGUGAUGUUUGUGGAGAGCUGGAUUCAUUUCGGAUUCUGUUUAUCAUAUGGCAAGCUAAGAUAUUAUUCUGUAAACCAGCCACGUUUUAUACACAUAACUAUGGCAUGUCCCUCCACAAGCAGAAAGGGACAGGGCAAAAUAUAAAAAGCAAAGUUUUGUCUUGUUUUAGCACCAAAGGCAACUAUUUUGUUAUGUGAAAGCCAUUUGCCAGAAAUAUCUCCAAUUAUUUUGGCACAGGCUGUGCUGAGUUCUGUUUGCUACUGUAAAAAGCACUCCAUGCUGUGAAAGUAUUCCAAAGUUAUUUCACAAAGCAGAACCUGUAUUUGCAGACAGGAAAGAUAGAUAUGAGUGUUGUUCAUUCACCUUGAUCUAAUUCAUACAUGUAAAAGGGCUCUCUAUGGGGUAAAAAAAAAACCUGUAACAACUCAAAACAUGUCCAGAAUGCUGAGCAAAUGGUGAUAUUUGUUGCAUCCAGUCUGAAAACACAUUUCCUAACAGAUGGUAGGAACAGUCAGAUUAGCAGGACUAACAGUUCCCGCCAUCUGUUUGAUGGACGUAUACACAAAAUCCCCAUGCGUACCUUCAACCCAUCCCUUGCAUCACUACCCAAGUUUCAGGUCAGAAAAGUCAACUGUAAUAUGCCCAUUCCUAUACAAAAGAUGCAGUUCCUUCAGUUCAGGUGAGAAAAAUGUCACACACACACACUAGCUCAUCAGUCAUUCCCUCAACCCACUGAACCCUGGAAAAUGUACUUCUGGGUACAGAACUAGAGAGCACUUACAAUGAAUUCUCAGCAAUCCAAGAUUCUCUCAUUUACAUUCCCAUAAACAUGGCAUUAUAUUGUAGAUAAACUAUGAAUAAUGUCUCCUUGGAAUCUCUGUAGAAUCCCAUUGUCCCAAUUUCAUCCCCCAGGGCUCAUGAGAGGGUGCACCCCACUGCCAAAUUUGCUGCCAAAAUUUUGCAGCCUGAUGGUAGCAAAUUUGGGGAGAUGGAGCAGCUUUGUUUUAAAGUGAUACAAUGAAAACCCCCUGGCAGCACAACUUGGAUUUUAAAACGUGUAUGCUUCCCUUGCAUCUUGUUUUAAAGGAACAUUGUUCCUUUUUGCUAUUGCUGAAUAUUGGCAGCAAAUUCAGUGGGGCAUCUCUAAUGCUUACCCUUGCAUUAGACCAAGUAUAACUUUUCACAUGGCACAGCACUUGUGUUUUAAGACUGUGAUUUAAAUGGUCAUGUGUUUGAAUGACAUGCUUUCACUAAAUUAUUGAGAUAAUUUGUGUGAAAUACUAUUGUGAUAUCUUUGCAAGAGAAUAAUGAGUGCUGCUCAGUUUGUUGUUUCAUAGAAAGACCUAUGGAAUGUCAAGGAAAACCUCCCAAAUCUUGCAAAGCUUAUUAGAGAGUUAUAUCUCUGUUAUAUAAUUCUGUAGAAAGUUUGAAACAAAACGAUUUUACAGAAUCAAAUCUCUCUCUAUAUAUAUAUUUCUUAACUGUUUUGCUGGUUUUUAAAUGAAAUCUAGUUAAGUUCUUUUGUUUUCAUUCUUAAUGAAAUUUGCCAGGACUACAAAAAAGAAAAAGUAUCAACAAUUGCAUAUGAUCUACCAUUUCUUUUAAACAAGAAGAAUAAAACCUUGGUGUGUGUCUUCAUGAAGACUCUGAAUGUACCAUCAGUUGACCUGCAAUUCUUCUAUUGUACAUUAUUCUGGAGUACAGCUUUGCAUAUCUGAACAUAACUUCUGAAUUGUUCGUUUAUUUUAAUUUUCCAAUGCAGUGUUAUUUAAGAUUGUAUCUUAUUUGCAGCCUCCACUAAUUAUACAGUACUGUAGUUCCAAAGUAUAAUUUCUAAGGAUUGGAUUAUUUUUAUACCAGCAUCCAACAUGUUUGAACUCUGACGUUCUAGUCAGUAUUAAAAAAAUGUAAUAAAAGCAUUAAUAAUAUCCUGAA